AUGGGUAGUAUUUUGAGUCGCGUAUCCAACAACAACACCACAGCUACUACAGAAGCCAAGAUGGGUCCCAUUGCGAUGAAUUACUUUGGCCAGGCUCAGAGCACUUUCAAGCCGCCACUGAUUGCGAAUGAGAAUGCCUUUUUGGGUGAUAUUGCUACCAGCGAACGUAAUGACCCCGAAAAACCUGUUUCAUGCGGCCUCUACCGCCUCGAGAAAGGCACUCCGCUCGUCUACGAGUACACCUACCACGAAAUGAAGAUUAUCCUAGAAGGCGAAUUUGAGAUCUCGGACGAGACAGGCCAGAAAGUCACCGCUAAGCCUGGCGAUGUCUUUUAUUUCCCCAAGGGCUCAAAGAUUACUUUCACCACGCCGUCCUAUGGCUUGGCUUUCUACACCGGCCAGCGUAAGGAGGGUGCUGCUUGA